UUUAGUCGUUUGCGUUGAGUCAGCGGAAGCGAACGUCGUCGUCGGAGUAGCAGCAGCAACAUCGCAGCAGCAACAUUCGUCGUGUGUGCCGCCAGUUUCGGUUGAAAACUGCAAAUGCAAAGAGACAGGUUGCCUGCCGGAUUUAAGUUGCAGCCCAUUUCGUAACAGUUAAAAAGUGUGUGUGCAUAGUUUAAGCCAUUGCGAAACCAGUGUUCACUAAAGUGAAAAAAAAAAAUAUCAAACAAACCAGCGACAUUUGUGUCCCGAAAAAAAAACACGUAGAUUAAUUGAUUUAUGCCUGUGACCUUUGCACAGCACACCUGUUGCUUUCAUGCCGAAAGGAGCUGGAUACGGCAGUUAUAUAAGAUGCUUUGAAUGUUUGAGGCAAGAUAUAUGAAGUACCAAUGAUCAUGCAGGAUAUACGCCUACGCCUGGAACCACAGCACAGUAAAGCCACAUUCAUAUCCUCCUCCUCGGCCUCAUCGUCCUCAUCCCAAACAGCUGAGACCACGCUGAUUGAGACAGCUGAGAAGUCGCCAGCCAGUGAAGCAGCUGCUGGAACAGUGACAACGACAUCGCCGCAGCAUUUCUUCCAUCAUCAUCAUCCGCCGGCUCAUCCGCAUCCGCCCCGCCAGCAGCCGCAUCCGCAUAGCCACUCGCAUCCGCAUCCGCAUCCGCAACUCCAGCGCCGCCCGGUGGAGCAGCUGCAUCUGCUGCAUAGCCACCACGAUGUCCAGGAGCUGUCCGGACAGGAGCAUCCACAUCCGCAACCCGGCUCGCAUCCGCAUCCGCACCAUCUGCGCUCGCCCAGCUCCGAGGAGGAUAAUUCGCCCACAGAAAUGAAUAAUUGCCGUCGUUUGGUGGAUAAGCCGCCGCUGGUGAAACGCCUGACCAUGGGCAUUGGACUGCUGCGGGGAACCGAGGACAGCCGCCCCCUGAUGCACAGCACCUGCGGCUCCUCGCUGACCUCCGGAUCCGGCUGUGGAUCCACUCAGACCAUCUCCGAUGGCUAUGUGAACGAGGCCAUCUGCGAGCCGGACAAGUACGUGGCCAGCAAGUUCGGCGACUCCUGCCGCCAGUCACUGUCCGCACUGGAGAGUGCCACCCAGCGGCUGCAGGUGGAGCUGCCCGCCGCCAGCAAAAAGUAUCUGAGAGAGACGUGCAGCGCCAACUCCAGUCCGAAAUUGUUUCCCGGCCACAGUGCCCUGCGCCUGGAUAAUCUCAGCCUAGCCGAGCAGCAGGAGCUUAAGGGAGCCGCCUGGUUUCAAGCGGGCAUUCCCAGGGAAAUAUCCCUGGAGGCCCUGUCCCGACAGAGUCCAGGUGCGUUUCUAGUGCGCCAGAGCAGCACAAAGCCGGGAUGUUUCGCCCUCUCGCUGCGAGUGCCACCACCUUCACCACGAGUGGCCCACUAUCUGAUCCUGCGGACGCAAAGGGGCUACAAGAUAAAGGGCUUCACCAAGGAGUUCAGUUCGCUGAAGGCGCUGAUCACGCACCACUCGGUGAUGCCGGAACUGUUGCCCGUGCCGCUGACCCUGCCACGCCCACCUAGUACCCGAUCGCAACGAUCGCAGGGCGCCUACGCAGGCGGAACCGGAAACGGGGGAGCGGACUUCGAGAUGUAUGGCUCGCUGAACGACUUUCGCAAAAUGAUGGCCGAUUUGAAUGUGUGACCGCUGGGCGCUCUUAAUUAAUUAAGUAAUUAUGUCACGUUGAUUGAAUUAAGCUGCCCAGCUUGUCACAUUGUCCUGCGUCCUGUGUCCUCUGUCGCGACAGGAUAACAAUCUGUUUAAUUUGCGUAAUUGGCUGUGCUGACGACGGUUGACGUGGCUACCAAUAAAUAGGGUCCAUGUCCAUGUGUACUCGGGCCGGCAAAGGCCCACCUGUCCGACAGGUGCUGCAAAAAGUGCACAAACAUUUUUUAUUAAAAUUGAUAAUAAAAUCAGCUACGUGGGCGGCUGCGAUGGCUGUGGUUUCGCAGGGGCGUGUUUGCAUACACAAAUAUAGGGAAUACGCUCAAAUCAUUUUUGCGAAACUGAUUAAAAAAUGGCAAAAACAUGCAAUAUGUAUACGCAAACAGACAUCAAGUGAUUAUUAUUUUUCGCGUUUUUAUCAAUUCUGCUCGUUUUGUACGGCUAGUGCUGAGUGGCAGAUGCAUCAGACAGACGUACUAUACAUAUCUGAAUGGGGGCAGUCGGAUUAAAUGUUAAUGUUUGGGUAGGGAAAUCGAGGGUCGGCUGCCGGGAUUUGGAGUGCGGAUGCGGAAUGGGCAAAGUGGAUUCUUUUUGUAUUUGAUGCACUCACUUUGCGGUGCAGUGGCUAGAUAGACUUAUAUGGGAAGUAAAUGAAUAACCAAUUAUAUUGUAACUCUAUGUAUUUUGUAAUAAAGUUAAUGGAAAACCUUUUC